AUGGACGCCUCAAUGUCCAGCGAAGUCGUCGCCAAUGCCACUGCCGAUGUAGCGCCAACGUACAUCCCGACAAUGCCCUACAUGGACCGAAAUCAGCAGCUGAGCGCAUCAGCUCGUCAUCAGGUACCUCCAGCAGAUCUCGUCUUCACGAAUGGUCAUCCCCACAUACAGAUCAAACCCAAAUCGCCUCCUUUGUACGCGACGGACAGCUACGGCAACCCAGCAUUCAUCCAUAAACUUGCGUCGGUAGAUAAGCUGGGCCACUUCAGGCAUCGGAUGCUGACCUGGAACUACGACGAACGCUCGAAGGCCCAAGACAUCAUCCCGUUCAUCUUCCUGGGUCCUGGUUUCGCCGCCAGGGACGCACAAUUCAUCGACGACAAUCAGAUUAGCUGCAUGGUUGCAGUCCGCAGUGCGCAGAUGGUUCGGAAGAAGCCAAGUCUACUACAUCCGGCAUCAAUGCCGACUAGUUCCGGACGACAGAUUGCAAUCCUCGACAUCGACAGUCCUUGGGAGUUCAUUCGCAACGUGAGACCAGUCAUCAAGAUGGUGGUAGACCAUAUGGAAGCCAGCUGCCAAGGAGGGAUCAUCAAUGGCGUCCAAGACAUAUCGGCUAGAAUCUUGGUGUACUGCGAGAACGGCAACGAAAGAUCUGCGGUCUUCGUCGCCGCACUCCUCAUGGUCCUCUACGGCCUAGAGUCAUACACAGCGAUCCAGCUCAUCCAAUCCAGACGCUUCUCUAUCGGUCUGAACGAGAGCAUGAAGCAGAUGCUGUCUACGUUUGAGACGAUUCUCCAAGCAGAGAUGCAGGUUGGUGCUAUGGGAACUGUCGGCAUGCCGCUGCGUCUGAAGCGGACGAUGUCCACCAUGGAGGAGGAAGGUGAUGAAUCAAUGGAAGAUGCGCCUCAGACACUUGAUCGACCAGGGACUGCGCCAUUCAUGGACGUAUCGGAUUGA